GGGAUGCAUCGCCAAGAUUCACACCACAGCUUGUGAGCCGCCUCAGCUGUGGCUUGCCGCCCCCUCGCUUGACCUCAAGGCAGUGGAAAGUGCUCGCCCUUCUCCAAGCUGCCGGCUAUUUCGGUAAUUUUGACAGGACGAUCUUUGGCAUAGCAGUGCCGCAGAUUCAAAGAGACUUUGCCUUGUCGGAUGCGCAAAUCAGCUAUGCAGCAUCUGUGCUGGGGCUCUCUUCGAUCCUGGCUUCUGCCAUCUCCUGCUUGUCGGAUCGCUGUGGCAGAGCCCAGGUUCUUAUGUGGACGCUGGCACCUUACACGUUGGCUACUGCCUUGACAGCGCUGUCAAGGAGCAUCACAUCUUUCGUUCUCCUACAGCUGCUUGCGGCAGCUUUCAUAACUGCGGAGGGCAUCAUAUCCCACGUAAUCGUACUGGAGGAGAUGCCAGCAGAUUGCAGGGGAUGGGCCGUCGGCUUGCUAAACACUGGCUCGGCCUGCGGCACAGGCCUCGGCCUGCUCCUCUUUGGGGUGUCUGACGGGGCCUGGCGGCUCAUGUAUGCGCUGUCCAUUCUCCCGUUGGUCGGCAUUGGCUUCAUACGCCGACAUCUUCCUGAAACAAGGCGGUGGUCCGCAGUGAACACCCAGGAGAUGGACAAGGAGAGUGCACAGGAGCUGGAGGUGCAAAGCCUGCGCCUGCCUCCACUGACUCCGCUGCGGCUCGGCUCCCCCACCGAGGAGCCGAACGCUGCAGCGAAAAGGUGCCAUUUCAAAAGAUUGUCCAAGGUAAAGCGCCAGCACUUGUUCUGCAUUCUCGCUUCUUUCCUCGGUUCUUUCUUUCCGAGCGCUGCCAAUUUCUACGCCUCCAAGCAGAUCCAAGUGGUGCACGGAUUUGGAGCGGCAGGCUUCGCGAAACUGUCGUUGAUUGGUGGCAUCUUGGCGCUCUCCGCUUUCAUCAUUGCUGGAUACCUGGGAGAUCGUUACGGCAGGAAGUUGCUGGGUGUUUCUGGAAUCCUACUGAAAGCCAUGACAGAUUUCAUGUUCUACAGCAUCAGCCCGGGCAAAGCCUACUCAGUGCUUCUCAUCGUCAGUGUCUUCUGUGUGCGCACAGCUCUGGGCAUGGCGCUGGACACUACCUUCCAGGCGAUGGGAGGGGAAGUGUUCCCAACCUCAGGAAGAACCUCCGCUCAGGGCCUCCUGGUCCUCACCGGCGGCCUCGGUGGUCCACUGGGGCUCUUGACAGCCACGCGACUCGGGGAUGUUCUCGGGACAUCCGAAGCCACGAGGCUCAUGGCAUGUGGGCAGAUUUUCACAGCUCUGAUCGUAGCGGUUGGAUUUCCAGAGACUCACGGCCGGGAGCUCGAAGAUAUCAACAGUUGA